AUGUCUGCUGUUCAAGUGGGAAGGAAUGGGGUCCUGAACAUUGGUAGGAAAAUUGGUCACAAGGAGAUGAAAAGAGGUAUGUGGAUAGAUCUCUCUGAUGAGCAAAAAGAAAUAACAUGUGAUCCUCCUUAUAUUCCAAAUGGUAUUUACACACCUCAAUUAACCAAAUACAGAGGUGAAGAUAGAAUCACUUAUGAGUGUAAAAGUGGCUUUUCUCCUGUGAUCCAAGGAAAUGUUGCAACGUGCACCAGCCAAGGCUGGUCACCUGCUCCAAGAUGUUCCUUUAAACCUUGCGAUUUUCCAGUAAUAAAACAUGGAAGGCUCUAUUAUGCAUAUAGAGGAUACUUUCCAGCAAGCAUAGGUCAAUAUUUCUCCUAUCACUGUGAUCAGCAUUUUGUGCCUCCUUCAAAAGGAUACUGGGCUUACCUUACUUGCAAACGAGAAGGAUGGGUUCCAGAAGUACCAUGCCUCAGACAAUGUAUUUUCAAUUACUUGGAAAAUGGACAUUCCCCAGAUUACGAAGAAAAAUAUUUACAAGGUAAAACUGUAAGAGUUCGCUGCUAUAAUGGCUACAGUCUUCAGAAUAACCAGGACACAAUGACCUGUACAGAGGAUGGCUGGUCUCCUCCUCCCAUAUGCAUCCAAAUAACAUGUGAUCCUCCUUAUAUUCCAAAUGGUAUUUACACACCUCAAUUAACCAAAUACAGAGGUGAAGAUAGAAUCACUUAUGAGUGUAAAAGUGGCUUUUCUCCUGUGAUCCAAGGAAAUGUUGCAACGUGCACCAGCCAAGGCUGGUCACCUGCUCCAAGAUGUUCCUUUAAACCUUGCGAUUUUCCAGUAAUAAAACAUGGAAGGCUCUAUUAUGCAUAUAGAGGAUACUUUCCAGCAAGCAUAGGUCAAUAUUUCUCCUAUCACUGUGAUCAGCAUUUUGUGCCUCCUUCAAAAGGAUACUGGGCUUACCUUACUUGCAAACGAGAAGGAUGGGUUCCAGAAGUACCAUGCCUCAGACAAUGUAUUUUCAAUUACUUGGAAAAUGGACAUUCCCCAGAUUACGAAGAAAAAUAUUUACAAGGUAAAACUGUAAGAGUUCGCUGCUAUAAUGGCUACAGUCUUCAGAAUAACCAGGACACAAUGACCUGUACAGAGGAUGGCUGGUCUCCUCCUCCCAUAUGCAUCCGUGUCCAAACAUGUUCAAAAUCAGAUAUACAAAUUAAGAACGGAUUUUUUUCUGAAUCCAGCUUUACAUAUCCUUUAAAUAAACAAACAAAGUAUAAGUGUAAAUCAGGAUAUGUAACAGCAGAUGGUAAUACAUCAGGAUUAAUUACAUGUCUGCAAAGUGGAUGGUCAAUGCAACCUGUAUGCAUUAAAUCCUGUGAUAUGCCAGUAUUUGAGAAUGCCAGAGCCAGAAGUGAUGACACAUGGUUUAAGCUCAAUGACAGGCUGGACUACGAAUGCCUUGAUGGGCAUGAAAGUCAAGAUGGACACACCACAGGCUCCAUAGUGUGUCGUGAAGAUGGCUGGCCUGAUAAACCUGCAUGUUAUGAAAGAGAAUGCAGUAUUCCACAAAUGGAAAACAAUUUAGAUGCUAAUCCCAAGAAAGACAGAUAUAAAUUUGGAGACGUGUUGAAAUUCUCCUGCAUACGAGGACUUAUUAUGGUUGGAGCAGAUUCAAUUCAGUGCUACCACUUUGGAUGGUCCCCUAAUCUUCCAACAUGUAAAGGGCGAGCAAAAUCGUGUGCUCCACCUCCUCAACUGCUCAGUGGGGAAGUUAAAGAAACACAGAGAGAAGAAUAUGGACACAGUAAGGUGGUGGAAUAUGUCUGCAAUCCUGGAUUUCUGAUGAAGGGCUCUCAUAAAAUUCAGUGUGUUGAUGGACAAUGGACAGCUUUGCCCGUGUGUGUUGAGGAGAAGAGUACCUGUGGAGAUAUACCGGAACUUGAACAUGGCUAUGUCAACAGUUCUGCCCCUCUCUAUCACCAUGGAAACUUGGUAGAGUUCAGUUGCAGAGAAGGAUUUACAAUGAUUGGGCCCAAAUCAGUCACAUGUAUUAGUGGAAAGUGGACCCAACCUCCUCAAUGCAUUGCGACAGAGGAACUUAAGAAGUGUAAAGGGUCAAAAAUAUUUGCAUCUGGGGGAAUUCCAUCAGAUACAAUUGAAUUUGACCAUAACACCAGCCAAAGUUACAAAUGUCGAGGAAAAUCAGAAUACAAACACUCAAUCUGUAUAAAUGGAAGAUGGGAUCCUAAAGUAACCUGCAAAGAAGAAGCACAAAUACAAUCAUGCCCACCCCCACCUCAGAUUCCCAAUAGUCGAGAUAUGACAACUACAGUGACAUAUCAGGAUGGAGAAAAAAUAUCUAUUCUCUGUCAAGAAAAUUAUCUAAUUGAAGAUGCAGAAGAACUUGUGUGCAAGGAUGGGAGAUGGCAGUCAAUCCCACGCUGUAUUGAAAAAGUUCCAUGUUCUCAACCACCUCAAAUAGACCAUGGAACGAUUAACUCAUCAAGCUCUGCAGAAGAAAGGAGAGAAACAUUUGAACCCAAGUUUUAUGAGCACGGCACGAAGUUAAGUUAUAUCUGUGAAGAUGGUUUCAGGAUAUCUGAAGAAAAUGUGAUAACAUGCCACAUGGGAAAGUGGAGUUCUCCACCUCAUUGUGUAGGGCUUCCUUGUGGACGUCCACCUUUGAUUCAGAAGGGUGUUGUAUCUAAUGAAAAAAGCAGUUACCAAGAUGGAGAAGAAGUUACUUACGACUGUGAUGAAGGUUUUGGGAUUGAUGGACCUGCAUCUAUAAGAUGUUUGGGAGGAAAAUGGUCCCUUCCACCGGAAUGCAUAAGCACAGACUGUUUGAACGUACCCAGCUUUAAUGAUGCUGUACUCAUAGACCAGGAGAAGCAAUCGUAUAGGUCAGGAGAACAGGUGGCUUUUAAAUGUCUACCAUAUUAUCAGUUGGAUGGAGCCAAUACUAUACAGUGUAUUAAGAGCAAAUGGAUAGGAAGGCCAGCAUGCAGAGAUGUUUCCUGUGUGAAUCCACCCAAAGUGGAAAAUGCUAUUAUACAAAAAGAGAGGUCUAGAUAUGAAAAUGGUGAGAGAGUACAUUAUGAAUGCAUCAGGCCUUAUGACCUUUUUGGGGAGGUAGAUGUGAUAUGUUUAAAUGGAACUUGGACAAAAACACCUCAGUGCAAAGACUCUCAAGGAAAAUGUGGGCCUCCCCCACCCAUAGACAACGGAGACACUACCUCAUUCCCGGCACCAGUAUAUCCUCCAGGAUCGACUGUUGAGUACCAAUGCCAGGCCUACUAUGAACUUCAGGGAAACAGAAACAUAGUAUGUCAGAAUGGAGAGUGGUCAGAACCACCAAAGUGUUUAGAUGUAUGUGUAAUUUCAGAAGAAAUGAUGAAAAAACAUAACAUACAAUUAAAAUGGAGAAGUGAUAAAAAACUUUAUUCUAAAACAGAUGACACUAUUGAAUUUAUGUGUAAACGUGGAUAUUAUCCAAGGACACCUGACUAUACAUUUCGAACAACCUGUCAGGAGGGAAAACUGGCAUAUCCUACUUGUGGAUGA